GGUUCGGAAGCGAUGAGGCUCCUCUAUAUUGUGGCUCAUGAGCUCUCGGUUCCUUUCCAAACAUGUUCUGUCAUUGAACUCAGCCACUCCCAGAACGAAUGAUUCCAACCCACAUUGCCUCCUUCCUCGUCACGUGGCAGAUCACCUCAGCUCACAAUACACCAACUUGGAUCUUUAUAGUGGAAUGGCGACGGGGAACUCCCGCGAGCUGUGCGUCCCGCCUGCUUUGUAGAUCCUUGCUUUGUGCCGAGGGCACAACUACCCGACACCACUCUCACCAAGGCGCCUGGGGGUCUGAUCAGCGGACUGCACAGUCCACCAUAGACGGUCAAAGCCUUGCGAGUCAGCCUUGCGCUAGUGUAGCGUGAUGUCACCUUACAAGCAUCACGGACCAUGAUUGCAGGGUAUAGCAUCCUGAUGUACCCGAAUACGAGAGGUCACGGAGCAUCCGCCUAUC